AUGUCCACUCCGACCUUCCACGAGGCUGUGGAGGCGUCUUUCGACAACAUCGCUGUGCAAGCGGACGGCGCGGCAGAGAAAGAUAUGCAGAAGCCUGGCGUUGAGGGCUUGCACGUGUUCCUGGAAGGGCGUCGCGCCGAUGGCGCGAGUAGCGGCGUAAGUGCCGAAGCGGUUACAGUGGAGUCGCUGAAGGAGGUUUUCGAGGGCAGGGGCUGGCCUCUCGACAAAUCUUUUACGAGGGCUGAUUUGACGACGCUGCUCGAAUCGUUGGGUGAUGCAGGUUCUGGCGGCGAGGAGUUGGCGGAGGACAAUUCCACGUUGGAAACCGUGAAUCUCGUCGAGAAGUUGGAUGCUGUGCAGAUUCAGAGCUACAUUGAUUAUCAUAAAGAGCAGUACUUCAAGAAUAGUCCUGGUGAUCCAGCGACGUCGAUUGACGAGAAGCAUGCUCAGUGGGCCCUCAAUUUUUAUUACAAGCACGUGCGUGAUUUUCUCGCCAAGCAAUCGCUUGAUGCCAGGACAUUUGCUCACCGGUUUGCCCAGUCAACGUUCGUCCCGCUGAUCUCCCCGCAGUCGAUCGGCGACGGGGAGAAUAAGGUUUUCGCUCGAGAUGCCGCGUCGGCCAUGAGGCCUGAAUUGUUGGAGUCGCUGGACAAGAAUUUGUGGUCAGCUUGGGAGGAGAUUGCUGAAGUCGUCGAACUCAGUGGGGCGGGCGCUCAUGAUAGCUUCAGGGAGUUUUUGGAGGAGGACUAUUUUCGCAUUGUGCGCGAGACAUGCGAUGCGGGCGCGCGCCAGAACGCGGGGACUGGCUUGGGCGCGACCGUGGCGUUUCGGCCGAUGGUGGACCCGGGGUUCGGAGUUUCUGCAGACGAAGCAGACGAACGUAAAACACUCCUUCUGAAGGCAUCCGCGACUGAUCACACUUUCGCCGUGCAGGGCGUCACG